CAUCAAGCUACGCUUGUCUGCAUCUUCGGCCGUCCAAGUCUCUGGUAGACACGCUGAUGGUCUCGAUGCGCUCUCACGCGUGACCACCUCUCUCUCACCUCGCGUCCCAACCGGAUACCCCACCUCUUCGCCGUCUCCCUCACACCCUGAUAUCCAUCCGCUUUCCGAGCUCACUUUCACCUCAUCGAAAAUGCCUCACGCGACAGAACCCCCGGCGCCCGAUGCCGAGGACGCAGCCUUUGAGAAUGUGAUGCGACAGAUGAACGGCCCCUUAGGGGAGGGGGGCAUUUCGUUCGACUUCUUGUCACGAGACCUGGAGCCCGGAGAAAAGGCCGACGACGCGGUGGAUUACGAAGAUUUCGACGAUGACGAAUUACCAGAAGAAGAGGAGAGAACUGGACCUCCUGCUCGAAAUGGACUGGAGGAAGCCGACGAUGCGGAUCAAGGCUUGUUUGAAGCGGACGAGGAAGAUCUUUUCGGAGGAGGUCAGGAAGAGGAGACCCAGCAAGCGCCGCGCGAUGACCUGGACGACCUAUUUGGCGAUGGACCUUCGUCGCCGGGACCCGAUCAAGCCGACCCGACAAGGGACCUGUUCUUUGAGGAGGAAGAUGAGAAGCCCGCCGCGGUCCCAGAGCCGGUCGAACCUCCGCCGACGCAGCCCGAACCCGUGCCGAUGGACGAAGAGGAGGACGUACCCAUGCAGGAGGAUGAAGCGAUGAGCCAGACGGCCGAGGAGAUGGACCCGGCAUCUCUUCGCGCCUGGAAGCUUCAGCAAGCUUUGUUUGCCAUGUCAUCUUACGGCCCCGAGAAUGUCCCCGCACCACCGGAGAAUGCCGAGGAGCUCUUGCAGUCGUUGUUCCCCAUGUUCGACAAGAACGCCCUGCCGCGCUUCCUCGAGUUGAUUCCACACAAGAAGGCCUUUUUCCUAGGGAAGCAGCCCCUCAAGCCCCCGAAGCCUGUGAUUCCGAGCAAGGUGAAUAUUGAACUCGCUCAUGACCAAGAGCGGUCAUUCAAGUCUGGGGGCCAGGCGUUUAAACGCUCGCUAGAAGAGCAUUCGGGUGUUGUGACCAUCCUGGAGGCCUCCCAGGAAGAGGAAAAAGAGAUCAAGGAAGAGUUCGACCAGGAUACCGACACGGAUGAGGUGCUCCCCGGGGGAAUCACCCAUCACGACCUCCGUGUUGUCUGUGCCGACUGGGAUGUGAAGGAUGACAUUUCCAUAAUGGAUAUGGACGAGCCGGAAGUCAAUGAUGCAGAGUCCGUGGAAGAGGACUGGCUCAUGGAAACCACUCGUCCGGCCAAGAAGCGGAAGCUCGGAAGAGACCCGCUGGAGAUUGUUGCUCUGUCGCAUAUUGAUGUGCCGGUGAUUGACGACCCUCAACAGGCCACGUCGCGCAUUGCUCAGAAGGUCACCGUAGAUAUGAACGAUCCUCAUAUUCUGCUGGACGAGCGGGGCCCGGAGUCGGCUACACAGAAGCCCAAGGCACUGGGUGCUCUCAACCGGGACGAAUUGGAUGCCAGCGUCACGAAACGCCUCACAUCGCGCUACAACAUCUCGAACGACCAGGCGUACGACAUGCUCAAACAAAACCACCAGAACAAGGUUCGGAGCACUUUGGGCAAUGUUACUCUCGAGCAUAGUAUGCCCGCACUGCGUCUGCAAUGGCCUUAUUACAGAACCGAGCUGGCCAAGGCCGAAGCACGUUCUUUCCACCGUCCGGCUCUCUCCUUCAGGCCAGGACAGACGUGCUGGUUCAAAAAUACCACGUACAUCAAACGCAAGCACCAGAGAGGCAAGGACGUCAAAACGCUCUACGAUUCUACAAAAUCCCUGUCUCUGGCCGACAACUCCAACGUCCUGCUGGUCGAAUACUCCGAGGAGGUUCCGCUCAUGCUAUCCAACUUUGGCAUGUCGAACCGGAUCAUCAACUACUACCGGAGAAAAAGCAUGGAGGAUCCCACUCGCCCCAAGGCCGAAAUUGGCGAAACCGCCGUUCUGCUCCCUCAGGACAAGAGUCCCUUCUCGAUCUUCGGACAUGUGGACCCCGGCGAAGUGACCCCUGCGAUCUCCAACUCCAUGUAUCGCGCCCCGUUGUUCCCACACGAAGCCAAAAGCACCGACUUCCUAAUUGUGCGUAGCAGUACUGGCUCGGGUGGCAGCGAUUAUUACAUUCGAAACAUCGAGAAUCUUUUUGUCGCCGGACAACAGUUCCCAUCCGUGGAUGUUCCUGGCCCCCAUUCCCGGAAGGUCACCACGGUGGCCAAAAACCGCAUGAAGAUGCUGGUAUACCGCCUAUUGAAGAAGAGCCCGGACCUUCGGCUCUCUAUCAGUGAUGUCACCGCGCACAUCCCGGGCACUAGCGAUAUGCAAAAUCGACAGAAGGUUAAAGAUUUCCUCCAACACGACAAAGACUCCAAGUACUGGGUGCCGAUGGAGCCCGUGCCGGAGCAGGAUGUGAUCCGCUCCUGGGUCCAACCCGAGGAUGUCUGUCUAUUGGAGUCUAUGCAAGUCGGCCAGCAGCACUUGCAUGACACGGGUUUCGGCAACGAUGCCGAGACCGGAGGGGACGACGACGCCGACGAGGAAGGGGAGAGCUUUGAACAGCAGAUGGCGCCCUGGAAGGCGACCCGCAACUUCCUCCAGGCAUCGCAGGGCAAGGCAAUGCUCAAGCUGCACGGAGAAGGUGACCCCACGGGGCGCGGGGAGGGUUUCAGUUUCAUCAAGACCUCUAUGAAGGGUGGGUUCAAGGCGGUUGGCGAAAGUGUGGAAGACAAACUCGAUGCCCAGCGGCUCAAGGAGCUUGGCGGCCACAGUUACAACGUGGCCCGGCAGCAAAAGUCCUACGAAACAUCCAUCCGACGCAUCUGGGAUUCACAGAAGGCCAGUCUGUCGUCGACCGUUGAGCAUUCCGACGAUGAGAGUGACAUCGACCGCGAAGAAGAGGAGGAGUUCGGCAAGCCAACCCCCAGAUCUGAAGCUCCCACGCCGGCGCCUUUCCGCCGUGACGACGAGACAACCAGUCAGUUCAGCAAGAUAAGUAUGCCUGAUCAGAGAGGUAAGGUCUUGCGCAUCGUGCGCACAUUCAAAGACGAGAAGGGCGAGCUUUACCAGAAGGAAUCUAUGGUCUGGGACCCACGUGUCAUCCGCCACUACAUCCAACAUCGCCAUCGCGUGGAGGCUCUCACCACCAAACUCGACUGUCUCCAACCAACUGGCGACAAGGAAAUCGACGCCCGCAACAAGAAGCUCCUCGAAGCCGAACUCAGCCGCCUCAACCGAAACAAGGAACGCCGCUUCGCCCGCGAGAAGCAGAAAGGCGCCGCCCGCGCGUCGGCCGGAGAUUCGCCCGCCGACGGCGGCCCCGGCGGCAAGUCCGCCGGCACGCAACGCAAAUGUGCCAACUGUGGCCAGGUGGGCCACAUCAAGACCAACAAAAAACUCUGUCCCCUUCUCAACGGAACCAUGAAACCCGAAGACCGCGUCAGCGAUUCCGCCUUCGCCAUGGGCGCCCCUCCGGCUCUGUGAUUUUGCCUGUGGCCUCGAUCUCAACUAUAUCUAUCGACAUCGAUAUCGGUGGCAUUCUAUCCUUGUCCCCCAGGAAUCAAUCCUCUUACACACCCUUAACUUCUUUCUUCGUCGUGAUACCCCCUUCUUCUCAUCUCUCCUACUUACCUCUCUCUUCGACCGGCUUGCCUCUUUACCUAUCUACCUACCGACCGAGUGACCGUGA